AUGACUGAGUUGUUUCUUUUUCGUCUCAUGGAUAUUAAAUCAAGGAUUCUAAGACUCAUCGCCUUCUUCUUCAAGGGACUUGCCAUAAUGCAGAAGGAAGAUAUUAAAAUAUAUAUUGGUAGUUCAAACUGGAACCAGGAGAGGGAGGAGCUUUAUCUUGGGCCCUCCCCUUCAUCAUUCUUGGAAUAUAUCAAGCUUAUCAUGGAGACCCACAUUCCACUUUUUGUCUGGAAGCAGCUGAAGAUGAAACCCAUGAGCGGUAGUGGUGGUAGUAAUAACUGGUUGGGUUUCUCUCUAUCCUCUCAAAUGAAAAUGGAGGUUUCUUGUGCAGAGCAGCAGGAUCAUCACCACCCAAAUCACCAAAGCCAUCAUCAUCAUCACCACCACCACCACGAAUGCCAGCAUCCCACACCUGCUCCUCCUGCUGCAGCUGCAUCCAACGGAAUGCCAGGCAGCUUCUUUCUUUCUCCGUCCCAUCUUAAUAACUCGGGGAUGUGCUAUGGUGUUGAGGGAGUGACUGGAGGAAUCUACUCCGAGCUCUCUGUCAUGCCACUCAAGUCUGAUGGUUCCCUGUGCAUUAUGGAAGCACUUAACAGAUCUCAGCAACAAGGAAUGGUGCCCUCCCCAUCCCCAAAAUUGGAAGAUUUCUUAGGUGGUGGUCCAAAUAUGGGGGCCCAUCAUCAGUAUGGGAGCAAUGAAAGGGAAGCUAUGGCUUUAAGCUUGGACAGCAUGUAUUAUCACCAUCAUAACCAAGAAGCCAAGGGAAAUAGAGACCAGCACCACUCUUUGGAGUUCCUCCAACAACCCUUCAGGCAGCAGAGUUCAUAUUUCCAGCCGCUGCAGGACGGGAUGUGCUCUGCGCUCACAGGCCAUGACAUGUAUCCAGAACCAUUGGAGGAGGAGCAUAUUGCUGAUCAUGGUUUCCCAAGCUUAAAAAACUGGGUGGCCAGGCAUUAUAAUGGUGGCAUAAAUUUUAUGGGAGGAGAUGAAGCUGCAAUGGGAUCUGGUUCUGUUGCUGCAAUUGGUUACGGGGAUUUGCAUUCCCUGAGCUUGUCUAUGAGCCCAGGCUCUCAGUCCAGCUGUGUCACAGCUCCUCAACAUCUCUCUUGUGUUGGAGGUUCUGAUUGCAUGGCUCUUGAUGGCUCUAAAAAGAGAAUAGCAGGUAAGGGAGUGCAGAAGCAGCCAGUUCACAGGAAGAGCAUUGAUACCUUUGGCCAGAGGACUUCUCAAUAUAGAGGAGUCACUAGGCAUAGGUGGACUGGGAGGUAUGAAGCUCACCUCUGGGAUAACAGCUGCAAGAAGGAAGGGCAAACCAGAAAAGGAAGACAAGUUUAUCUGGGAGGUUAUGAUAUGGAAGAGAAAGCUGCAAGAGCGUAUGACUUGGCUGCACUCAAAUAUUGGGGCCCUUCCACUCAUAUCAACUUCCCUUUGGAGAAUUAUCAGGAAGAGCUGGAAGAGAUGAAGAACAUGACCAGACAGGAGUAUGUUGCCCAUUUGAGAAGGAAAAGCAGCGGAUUUUCUAGAGGUGCUUCUAUGUACAGAGGAGUUACAAGGCAUCAUCAACAUGGAAGAUGGCAGGCUCGAAUCGGCCGAGUUGCUGGAAACAAAGAUCUUUAUCUUGGAACCUUCAGUACUCAGGAGGAAGCAGCUGAAGCAUAUGACAUUGCUGCGAUUAAGUUCCGCGGUGCAAAUGCUGUAACAAACUUUGACAUUACUAGGUAUGAUGUUGACAAGAUCAUAGCAAGCAAUACUCUUCUGUCAGGUGAGCUUGCCAGGAAGAACAAAGUAGCUAUUGGCUGCAGCAAUGAUAUUCCCUUAAUUCAGAACAGUAGCAGAGAGCUGGAUUUAACUGAAGACAACAGCAGCAGUGGGUCCGAUUGGAAGAUGGUGCUGUAUCAAUCCCCCCAGCACAAUGUGUCUGUAUCUGAAUCGCUGAAUGAAAGGCCAAUGCUUCAUGGGCUCUUUGGUAUGGAAACUGCAAGCUUAACUCAUGGUAUGGAUGAUGCUGCUAAGCCGGGAAGCAUGCAUCCCUCGAACCAUUCGUCGUUGGUAACUAGUUUAAGCAGUUCAAGAGAAGGAAGUCCUGAUCGAGCUGGCUUGUCAAUGCUCUAUUCUAAGACUCCGGCCAAGCUGAUUGGUACUACAUGGCCAGCAAUUCCCAUGAGUGGUCUGCCAGUGUAUUCAGGAUGGAGUGAUGCUUGAGCCUUCUGUAAAGCCUUCAUUAAGGAAAAAAGGAGUGGAGGGAAUGGUGGGUGUAUUUUCCUUUGUGUUAAGGUAAUUGUGGAUUUAUGUUGUGUAAUGGGGGGAGGGACAAAGCCUGUGGUUUAAAUUUUGGAUAUGAGAUUAUCUUUAGUUGUGGGCUUCUUUUGGUCUUACCAAGUACCGUUAAAGGGAUAUUUCAAUGCUGCUACUUCUAUAUUGUAUUUCCAAUCUUUUGACUGGUCUGCUCUUUACAUCUCUUUUUAACCUGUUUGUUUGAGAAUUGAGGACAUUCAGGCCUUUUUCUUUGUUUGCCAUCAUUAAACAUUCUAUCACUUUUAUAAGCUUUUUCUCCAAAGGGGUCUUCAACAUUCCCUACACCUAAGGUAUAUCAUAUCAUUGGAUUUAUCCUUUGAUAUGUUGCUGUGCUUUAUAGCUUUUAUGCAAAACAGAUGUGUGCAAUGACUUUC